AUGGCGUGUUCAGCGACUCCCAGAAUCGUCCACAAUCCUCUCUCGAUCAGAUCUGCCGAAAAGUCUGAUUCUUGCUGCAAAAAAUUGGGACCCUCCUCUUUUCUGGGGUCCAAAUCUCUAAGCAAGAAGAUUUUUCCUGUUAAGAAGGCAGUUCCGCCUGUCGGCCGCCGAUCCGCCUCCGUCGCUGCAGUCUCCUCGGAUGUUGUCAAGGAAAAGAAGCUCAAGUCCAGCUCUUCUGUUUCCAAUAUGUUGAUCACCAAAGAAGAGGGCUUGGUGCUGUAUGAGGACAUGGUUCUCGGUCGAGCCUUUGAGGACAUGUGUGCCCAGAUGUACUACAGAGGCAAGAUGUUUGGAUUCGUUCACUUAUACAACGGACAAGAAGCUGUCUCAACCGGCUUCAUCAAACUACUGAAAAGAGAAGACUAUGUCGUAAGCACUUACCGCGACCAUGUCCACGCUUUGAGCAAAGGCGUGCCAGCUCGCCAGGUCAUGAGCGAGCUUUUUGGCAAGACCACUGGCUGCUGCAGGGGCCAAGGUGGCUCGAUGCACAUGUUCUCUAAAGAGCACAAUGUUCUUGGCGGCUUUGCUUUUAUUGGCGAAGGCAUACCAGUAGCUACUGGUGCUGCUUUCACUAGCAAAUAUAAGAGAGAAGUUCUAAAGGAGGAUUGUGAUGAGGUGAGUGUGGCCUUUUUCGGGGAUGGAACUUGUAACAAUGGACAGUUUUUUGAGUGUCUGAACAUGGCCGCGCUUUGGAAGCUUCCGAUCGUGUUUGUUGUUGAGAAUAAUUUGUGGGCUAUUGGGAUGUCCCAUUUGAGAGCAACCUCGGACCCUCAAAUUUGGAAAAAGGGUCCCGCGUUUGGGAUGCCGGGGGUUCAUGUCGAUGGUAUGGAUGUGUUGAAGGUUAGGGAGGUCGCGAAGGAGGCUAUUGGGCGGGCCAGAAGGGGCGAAGGACCGACUUUGGUCGAGUGUGAGACUUACAGGUUUAGGGGACACUCUUUGGCUGAUCCUGAUGAGUUGCGUGACCCUGCUGAGAAGGCUCACUACGCUGCAAGAGACCCCAUCACUGCAUUAAAGAAAUACAUUAUUGAAAACAAAUUGGCAAGUGAAGCCGAGUUGAAGGCCAUUGAAAAGAAGAUUGAAGAAGUUGUUGAAGAAUCUGUGGAGUUUGCCGAUAAAAGCCCAGUUCCUGCCCGCAGUCAGCUGCUAGAGAAUGUAUUUGCAGAUCCAAGGGGAUUUGGAAUCGGGCCUGACGGGAAGUACAGAUGUGAGGACCCUAAAUUUACCGAGGGCACUGCUCAGAAGCACAUACAAGUUUUUUCAUCAAUCAUGUCGAUGUCAUCAAAGUUUUGGACUCAGCAGCAGAACCCACUUUCUCUUUGUUGGCCUCGGGUUCAGUAUUUACCCGCCGUUGAUUAUCGCUGUUUUUUGCCGAGAUACAAGUUAAUCAGACUAAACGUUUCGACCUUUUUGCCUUUUGCUGUGCAAAAUUCAAGAACCCAUGUGUCUCCAGUACACUCCUCCUUCAGCCAGUUGAUAGAGACAUUAAUAAGCGGGGUGGAUUUGUCUGAAGAUGAAGCUGAGGCCUCUCUUGAUUUCUUGUUGGACAGUGCUGAUGAGGCUUUGAUUAGCGCAUUUUUGGUGCUUUUGAGAGCUAAAGGAGAAACCUAUGAAGAAGUAGUUGGGCUAGCAAGAGGUAUGGUAAAACACUGCAAGAAAGUGGAGGGACUUGUUGAUGCAGUGGACAUUGUUGGGACUGGCGGUGAUGGAGCAAAUACUGUAAAUAUCUCAACCGGGGCCUCGAUUCUUGCUGCAGCUUGUGGAGCCAAAGUUGCUAAGCAAGGUAAUCGGUCUAGCUCUUCUGCGUGUGGUAGUGCCGACGUACUUGAAGCUUUGGGAGUUGAAAUUAGUUUGGAACCUGAGGGGGUUGCUAGGUGUGUCAAUGAAGUAGGGAUCGGCUUUAUGAUGGCUCCAGUUUAUCACUCGGCAAUGCAAAUCGUUAGACCUAUCAGGAAAAAGCUCAAAGUGAAGACUGUGUUUAAUAUCUUAGGCCCCAUGUUGAACCCAGCUAGUGUCUCGUAUGCCGUUGUUGGUGUGUACAAGGAAGAAUUGGUGCAUAAAAUGGCAAAAGCACUUCAAAGAUUCGGCAUGAAAAGAGCACUGAUUGUUCACUCAGAGGGACUGGACGAAAUGAGUCCACUCGGGCCCGGAUUAGUCCUUGAUGUCUCUCCAAAUAAGAUAGAGAAGUUCGAAUUUGAUCCAUUGGAUUUCGCAUCAGCUCUCUUGGUAAGUGGGCACGUCGAAACUCUUGCCCAGGGAGUAAAUCUUGCUCGGGACACACAACAAUCGGGAAAAGCUUUUGAGACGCUCAAUCUUUGGAUUAGUGAAUCAAAUAAAGCGAAAGAGGCGGUUAACCAUAGUGGCACUCCCAUUCUUGCAUGA